CUACGUACAUACAUCCAUCCGAUCCAUGCAGGCAAACUGUGUAAUACAUGCCUGAUAUCCCACUCCGCGCAUUCCGCAAUAAGCAAAACGCAAAAGCUGGCUACGAACUUCUGGCCGGAGAGAAUCCCAGUCCUAGUACUAUUGAUACUCCCAACGAGAAUAAUACUGGGAUGAAUAGAAGUGUAUCGCGUGUAGCUGCUGUUGCAAACGCCAAUGCGGAGCGUAGUCGAACGAAUAGAGCGAGGAGAGCGAAGCAGCCACAGAGAUUAUAUGUGGAUGAUGACCCAGAGGAAGCUAUAGGAUUAUUGGAAUCUAGUCGCGAGCGGGAAGAAGAAGUCGAGGAAGGGAUGAUGUUACCGGAUAGCUCUAAACCUCCACUCUCUCGUCUCAAGAAACCUCCCACAUCGAAAUCUCCCAAAGGAACACUCUACACCUCCCGCACAAUCCCUUUCCACCCCUUACCCUCCCUUCAAUCCAAAUACCCCCCAAAUAUCAUCCGGAACCAAAAAUAUUCGAUAAUAACCUUCUUCCCAAAGGUUUUCUACGAGCAAUUCAAGUUCUUCUUCAAUCUCUAUUUCUUGUUGGUCGCGUUGAGUCAGUUCGUGCCCGCGUUGAAGAUUGGAUUUAUUGCGACGUAUAUUGCACCACUGGCUUUCGUGUUGUGCAUAACGAUUGGAAAAGAGGCAUAUGAUGAUUACAAACGAAACCUUCGUGACCGUGAAGCAAAUGGACAGAAAUACAUUGUCGUGGAUCCACCUUCAAUUUCACCGCACCUAUCUACCCGUGCCCUUCCAUCUUCCUCCCUUCUAGUCGGCCAACUCGUGCGUCUCCAGAAAAAUGACAGAGUUCCUGCUGAUAUGGUUCUUCUUUGGACGUCUGAUCCUUCUGGAACUUGUUUCGUGCGCACAGACCAGUUGGAUGGCGAGACAGAUUGGAAGAUGCGUCUCAGUGUUGGAGAAACUCAAGGAUUGGGGGAAGAAGGUGUUGCGAAACUUGGUAGUGGCGAAGCUGAGAUUUACGCAGAUGCACCAACGAAGGAUAUACACACCUUUAUUGGCACGCUUACCUUGCACCCGUCACAUGUAUCACCCUUAACAGCAGAAAACGUUCUAUGGGCCAACACAGUACUCGCAUCCUCCGCUACUAUCAUCGGCUUUAUCAUCUAUACCGGCCCUGAGACUCGUGCUGUCAUGAAUACUAGCACGGCUGGUACCAAGGUUGGUUUGUUGGAGGUUGAGGUGAAUGGGUUGGCAAAAAUCCUCUGCACAACAACAUUCCUCCUUUCACUCAUCCUCGUCGCUCUUAACGGUUUCCGCGGCGGUGUUUUUACUACUCACACCGUCGUUUCCGUCUUUCGGUUUUUGAUUUUGUUUAGUAGUAUUAUUCCGAUCAGUCUACGUGUAAACCUCGACCUCGGUAAAUCCCUUUACUCGCACCAAAUCAUGACAGAUUCUACAAUUCCCGGCACUAUUGUCCGCACCAGCACUCUCCCAGAGGAAUUAGGCAGGGUCGAGUAUUUGUUGAGCGAUAAAACUGGGACGUUGACGAGGAAUGAAAUGGAAAUGCGUAGACUUCACAUGGGGACAAUGUCAUAUGGUCAAGAUUCCAUGGACGAAGUCGCUAGACAACUCGCAUUGGCGUUUGCUUCUGCGAAUAACGGUAAUGACGACGACCACAACAACACUCACACUCGCGGAAGCAGCAGCGUCGCGUUAGGCCAUCAUCAUGCCAAUACGAUUGGAGGCGGAGCCGGGAGAGGCAGAAGAGACAUGUCUUCUCGAGUAAGAGACGUCGUCCAAAGCCUAGCUUUAUGUCAUAACGUAACACCAGUAACUAACGACGACGGAAGCGUAACAUACCAAGCUUCCUCUCCAGACGAAGUCGCCAUCGUCACCUGGACACAAACUAUCGGUCUUACUCUUGUUUAUCGGGAUCGUACAAAGAUCGUAUUACGUGCAGAGGAUCCUGCACGCACCCUUUUAACAUUCACAAUCCUCGCCAUCUUCCCCUUCACCUCCACCUCCAAACGCAUGGGGAUCGUCCUCCUCGACCACUCCACAUCCGACAUCCUAUUUCUCCUCAAAGGCGCUGAUACAGUCAUGGCACCCCUUGUCCAGCGGAAUGAUUGGCUGGAGGAGGAGACGGGGAAUAUGGGGAGAGAGGGGCUGCGCACUUUGGUCGUUGCGAGGAAGAAGGUGGGCAAGGAAGUGUGGGCGGCGUUUGAGAGUGAGUAUGCGGUUGCUUCGACUAGUGUUGGGGGAGCUGGAGGAGGCAGUGGGGAUGCCACAACUGAUGGAGCAGUGUCCCGUGCAGAAGCACAGGCCCAAGUUAUAGCAAAAUAUCUCGAAAAAGAUAUGGAGCUUCUCGGGUUAACUGGUGUAGAGGAUAGAUUACAGGACGAGGUCCGGUCGACGUUGGAGUUGAUGAGGAACGCUGGAGUCAAGGUUUGGAUGUUGACUGGUGAUAAGGUCGAAACCGCACGAUGUAUUGCGAUUAGCACAAAGAUGGUCAGUAGAGGGCAGUAUAUCCAUGAGGUUUCCAAAGUAACCUUCCCAACCACACUCAAAUCUCACCUCGACUUCCUCCAAAACAAACUUGACUCCUGCCUCGUCAUCGAUGGCGAGUCACUCCAGCUUUGUCUUAGUCUAUACAAGAACGAAUUUAUCGAGAUCGCAACAAAGUUGAGUGCGGUUGUAGCGUGUAGGUGUUCACCAACGCAAAAGGCGGACAUCGCGAAACUAAUCAGAGCGUAUACCGGGAAAAGAGUAUGUUGUAUUGGAGAUGGAGGCAAUGAUGUUAGCAUGAUUCAAGCAGCUGACGUCGGAAUCGGCCUCGUCGGCAAAGAAGGUCGCCAAGCCUCCCUCGCCGCCGACUUCUCUCUAACCCAAUUUUCCCACCUCACCCCCCUCCUCCUCUGGCACGGCCGUCUCUCCUACCUCCGCUCCUCCACCCUCGCCCAGUUCGUCAUUCACCGCGGUUUGAUAAUUUCCAUUAUCCAAGCCGUCUUCUCCGCUAUAUUCUAUUUCGCGCCCAUUGCCUUGUAUCAAGGCUGGUUGAUGGUGGGAUACGCGACGGUGUAUACGAUGAUGCCUGUGUUCAGUUUGGUUUUGGAUAGGGAUGUUAGUAGGGAGACCGCGUUGGUUUAUCCGGAGCUAUAUAAGGAGUUGGUGAAGGGGAGGGUGUUAGGGUAUAAGAGCUUUUUUGAGUGGGUGAUGAUUAGUGUUUAUCAGGGUGCGGCGAUCAUGAUCAUGUCACUGGUGUUAUUCGAAAACGAGUUUUUGCAUAUCGUGUCGAUAUCGUUCACGGCGCUGGUGUUGAACGAGCUUAUCAUGGUCGCGCUUGAGAUAACGACCUGGCACACAUAUAUGAUCAUAUCUGAAAUCGUCACCCUAUUCUUUUAUAUAAUCAGUAUCGCGUUUUUGCCUGAAUACUUCGACCUCUCAUUUGUCAUAACCCUUGGAUUUGCCUGGAAAGUCGCCGUUAUUGUCGCCAUCAGUGCUUUACCUCUGUGGAUCGUGAAGGUGGUGAAGAGUAGGGUAGCACCGGCAGCGUCGAGUAAGUUGAUUUAGUUGGUGGUAGUACGAUAGUAGUCCUUGGUUGCGUGAGCAAGCGACUCAGUUUGUGUUGUGUUGAACCAUGAAAACUUGUUCAACUUGACUCUCUUUUCACCACUGUUCGAACAUAACACUCUUUUUUAGGGUUGCUGUUUCAUUGAUAAAUUGGAUAAGAUAUUCAAGUGUCCUUGUCUAUAUCAUAUAUUGGAGUUUGCCAAGCCCUGCAUGUGUGCACUCCUACCAUAGAUGAGGAGAGGGCUAGACACCCAAAUAGAGCCAAGGUUCCUUCCCAGUGCAAUCCAAAUCAGGGUGGAAGCUGUCAUCUGCAAAAUUUGUGAAUUUGGCUAAUUACAUAUUGCCUGCGAGCAGCUGAGAUCUCAGUGCUUCCCAGCAGCUAUGUAGAGCUCUAAAUGCUUUGUCAGCUGGACAGUGCUCCCAGCUGCUUUCAGAUAUUAGGUGAAUUUCCAAGCUUUGCAGAUGGUCCCCAAACAGAACUGAGGCCUUCAAAAUUU